AUGGUGGAAGGACAGGUAUUUCGGGUGCCUUUGGAGGAGUUGGCUAAAGUCAAAUCUAAAGAGGGAAAGAUACUCACUAAACCCUUCUUGAAUGUAUGCAAAAGUGUCUUACCGGUUUUAGACAUGUUAGGGGGAGCAUUUUCAUUUGUAAAAUCUGAUGUUGGUGGUAACAUAUUGAGAUUGGAGUCUAGGUAUGAGUCCAACCCUUGUGAAUACAAACUUCUAUACAGAGUAGUGGAGAAAGAAAUUGAAGAUAAAACACACAAGUCUUCAUCUAGCUGCACUAAUGCCCUACUAUGGUUGACAAGGGGAAUGGAUUACAGUGUAAAAAUGUUCAGCAACUUAGAGGAACAUAAGAAUUGGAGCAUGCAAGAAGCUUGCAAUGAUUCAUACAACAAGACACUCAAAAGAUGGCAUGGCUGGUUAGCUAUUAAAACUUUCCAUGUUGCAAUGAAGCUUCUUCCAGAUAGAGAAAAAUUUAUGCAAGCGCUUUGUGGUGGAGGGGAAUUUGGACCUGAAAUGAAAAAAUUUUGUACCGAUUUCUCUUCAGUGCUGGAGGAGAAUCAUAAAUUUCUGGCUAGUAUUGGAAUGGAUAAUUUGAAAGCUUAA